AUGGUAGGGCGUAGCAAAAAGGCAACUUUUAGUUUUAUCAAGGAUAGAGUAUGGCAAAAAAUUAGCAGUUGGAGUAGUAAAUGUUUGUCCAAAGCAGGUCGAGAGGUCAUGAUCAAAUAUGUGCUUCAAGCUAUUCCUUCCUAUGUUAUGAGCAUUUUCAGACUAUCCAAUACUCUCCUGGAUGAAAUAGAGAUGAUGAAUUCUUUUUGGUGGGGCCAUGGUGGCUCAAGCAAUAGAGGCUUGAAUUGGCUUUCUUGGGAAAAACUUUCUGUUCACAAAAAUGAUGGAGGUAUGGGUUUUAAGGAUUUCGUAGCUUUUAAUGUGGCGAUGCUUGGUAAACAAGGGUGGCAACUACAAACUAAACCGGAUAGUCUUGUCUCAAAAAUUUUCAAAGCUAGGUAUUACCCAAAUAGUAAUUUUCUAGAUGCUAAGCUGGGACAUAACCCUAGUUUUGUUUGGCGAAGUAUUCUCAGCGCCAAAGUGGUGGUUAGACAAGGAGCUCGUUGGAAAAUUGGUGCGGGAUUCGAUAUUCCCAUCAUUAGCGAGCCAUGGAUUGGCUCAGGUUCCAGUAUUCCACCCGUUGGUGAUGAUAUGUUGGCCCUUCAACCAUAUUCAACUGCAAAUCUUUGGCAUUUGAUUGCCUCAUCUAUUCACCAAUUUGAUAAUGCUCCUGAUAUUAUUUUCAAUUUAUUACAAAGCUUAUCUGCAGCUCAAAAUGAGAAUAUUGUUACCAUAAUGUGGAGUAUAUGGAAAGCCAGGAACAUGAAGCUUUGGCAACAAGUGUCGGACUCGACUUUCACCAUUUUGAAAAGAGCAAAACAUCUUCUAGAAGGCUGGCGAAGUGCUAAUCGCAAAAAAUCCCUUUUAAGGCAUGACAAUUCAGUUUCCACACUGAAUGCUCCUCAGCAAAAUGGGGACACGAAUGUUCGAUGGAGGAAGCUCAGUAUUGGCAGAUAUAAAUGCAAUGUUGAUGCAUCCUUUCCAAACAACUCCAACAAAGCAGGUUUUGGGAUGUGCAUCCGUGAUUCUGAUGGGAAUCAUGUCCGGUCUAAAACCAUGUUUUUCUCUCCAGUCUGUUCUAUUGAUGUAGGGGAGGCCAUGGGUCUACACCACGCAAUUCGGUGGAUACAAGAACUUCAACUUACAAAUGUUGAUUUUGAAGUUGACUCUAACAGAGUAGCUGAUUAUUUCAACAAAGGUCGUGGAGAUGCUACCGAAUUUGGCUCUAUUAUGGACAGCAGUAUUUACUUUUCUAAUACUUACUUAACAAACUCUCAUGUCGAGUUUAUUAUGAGGCAAGCGAAUGAGGUUGCACAUACACUAGCUAGGGUAGCCACAUCUAAUACUAGCUUACAUGUCUUUGAUGAUAUUCCUGCAUGUAUUACUGAUUUGAUCUUUAAUAAAAUGAUAUAA